AAGAAGAAGAAGCUUAAAUCAUGAGGUUGAUCUUAUUUAUACUGAUCUGUCUCAUAAAUACAGUUUUAUCUUAUUAUUCUGAAAAAUCUCGUUUUGAUCGUUCAAUUAAUGAUAACUUUGAUGAAGAAUUCACCGACAAACAAUGGACUUUCACCGAUGAGGAAACGUUAUACAUUGCUUAUAAAGAUAGAACAGAAAAUAUCUGUUAUUUGGAAAAAUUGAAAGAAGAUUAUGUGAGAAAUAAUCAACAUGAUGUUUCAACAAAACGUCAUGAGAACAAAUAUUCAACGAUACUUUACGUACCAAAUCAAACAUUAACAAAACUUGAGGCAUGGCGAAAAGCAGGAGGUCGUAUAGUAAAUUUUUGUCAAGGACGUGAUAUGUAUCUCUUACAAAAACAUAAACCAAUGGCAAGAGACAAUAUGGAUCCAUUUUUGAACGAAAUAAUCGAUGAAAAUUAUGUAUCAUCCAAAAGAAUAUCGGAUCUUGUAUUGGCGCCAUUAAUCGGUCGCGCCAAGAGAGAAAUUCAAUUGGAAAAUCGAAAAAGAUUGAACGAUGAUUUUGAAAAAAUUCGUUCACGUCGUCAAACGUCCCAAUUUCGUGGAAGAUUCCGUGGACAAACCCAAUCGCAAUAUUUGCAUCUUGGUAAGGAUGGGUCAACGGAAGGCAAAGCAGAAGCUGAAGCAACUCAACAAUCGUCUCGAGCAAUUGUUGCUGGUAAUAACGGUAUGGGGCAAGCACAAAGUAUGUCUUCUAGCGGAAGUGGAUGCGAAGAUUGUCCAGGAUAUCAACCGGAUUAUGCUGUUCAUGUAGAUCAAAUCCCAGGUAAAUUACAGGUUCAACCUGAAGAUAGACAGUAUGUCACUAGACCGGGAGUUGGAGCGCCAGGAAAGAUGAUAGCUGGAGAUUAUCCUGGAAGUAUGAUACCUGGAACUGGACCAACAGGAGGUACUGAACAAUAUCCUAGAACUAUGAGACCAAAAACUGUCCCUGAAUGGCAAACUUAUCCAGGAGGAAUUAAACCAGGAACUGGAACGUAUCCUACUGGACCGGUUGGGCCGGGAAGCGUAAUACCUGGACAAUAUCCUAGUGGUAUUGUACCAGGUGGAACUUAUCCAGGUGCAUUUGUGCCGGGAGGAGUUCCUACUUAUCCUGGAGGUGUCAUACCAGGAACGACAGGAGGUGGUAGACCAUAUCCUGGUGGCCCUGUAAGAGGAACUACAACAACAGGAGGAGCUGGUGUAUAUCCUGGAGGUACUCCAGGGGGUACUGUACCAAUCAGAGGCGGUGUAGGGUAUCCUGGUGGCACCAUACCGGGAGCUACUACAACAGGAGGAGCUGGUAUAUACCCUGGAGGUACUGUACUGGGAACAGGUAUAAUGUACCCUGGAACUGUGCCAACUGGAAGUGUUGUAGGAUACCCUGGAGGUGUUGCACCGGGAACUGUACCAACUAGAGGUGAUGUAGCAUAUCCUGGUGGUCCCGUAAGAGGCACUACAACAACAGGAGGAGCUGGAGUAUAUCCUGAAGGUGCUGUACCUGGGACUGGGCCUACUGGAGGAGGUGUAGGAUACCCUGGAGGUGCUGUACCUGGGACUGAGCCUACUGGAGGAGGUGUAGGAUACCCUGGAGGUGCUGUACCUGGGACUGGGCCUAUUGGAGGAGGUGUAGGAUACCCUGAAGGUGCUGUACCUGGGACUGGGCCUACUGGAGGUGGUUUAGCAUACCCCGGAGGUGUUGCACCGGGAACUGUGCCAACUGGAGGUGGUGUAGGAUACCCCGGAGGCAUUGCACCGGGAACUGUGCCAACUAGAGAUAGUGUAGCAUAUCCUGGUGGCCCCGUAGGAGGCACUACAGUAACAGGAGGAGCUGGAGUAUAUCCUGGAGGUGCUGUACCUGGGACUGGGCCCACUGGAGGUGCUGUACCGUAUCCCAGUGGCCCCGUAAUAGGAACUACAGCAACAGGAGGAACUCAAAUAUAUCCGGGCGGCACUGCACCGGAAAGGUUACCAACUGGAGGUGGUGGACUUUAUCCUAGUGGUCCUAUUCCAGGAAUUAUGACAACUUAUCCUGGAGGUGUUCCACCAGAAACACUACGACGACCAGGAGAACAGUACCCACCAGGAGUUUCUUAUCCUACUAGUACUGGGACAGGAACAUAUCCAGGUGGAAUUCCAUCUAGAGUAGGCACAACGGGUGUUGUUGGAGGUACAUAUCCAGGUGUUUCUCCAGUUGGUGAUAGAGGAAUGUAUCCUGUGGAAAUACCUGGUACUAUUGUAACGGGAGGUCCUGCUUAUCCUGGUAGAGUUCCCAUAAUGGAUGGAAGAGGAAUUCCUGGUGCAGGAAUUUUUCCUAGUAUUGUUACAGGUGCCAAAACAGAUGUCGGUACUUCUAUAACGUAUCCCGGAAUAUCAUCUGGAAUACCAGGAGUUAGCGGUACUGGCAUUGUUACUCCGCAAGGUGGACAAACCCAACCGGGUGUAACUGGAUUUAUAACACCAGGAACCGUAUAUCCAGGAAGUGGAGUCCCCGGGAUGACUACUACAGGUGGAGCUUAUCCAGGUUCGGGUGUAUAUAUGCCAGGAGGUGUUGUAUCAGGAACAGGAACAACAGGAGGUGGUCAAUUAAUCGGACAGUAUCCUCCUGCUCAAAUUCCUGGUGUCCCUCAAUAUCCUACAGCACAGUAUCCAUCAGGACAAUAUCCUGAUACCAAACAAUACUAUCCAGGUGGAAUCAGCGGUCAAACGAUCCCCGGUCAAUAUCCAGGAGGUGUUGGUACCACAGGCGCCAUAGAGGCGUCACAAUAUUAUCAAAAACCUAAAGUUAUCUCGGCCACUAGUGCAGAAGAUGAUAGUGCAGAUAGCCAAGCAUCUAGUUCCGUAAAACAAGUUGAUUCUGGUACAGAAACAAGUGCAUCUGCCCAAGGUAAAUACGGAAAGGGUACUGCACAAUCUCAAGUGUCUGGUAUUUACAGUGGUUCUGCAUCAUUUUCGGCUCAAGCUGGUACCAGUGAUAUUAAUAGAAGUGCUCAUGCCGAAAUAAGUGGCGGCAAAGAUGGUGCGGUUAGUAAUGCGGAAGGUGUUGGUGGUCGUGGAAAGAGUCAAGCUCAGGUUCAAUUAAAUUCUGAUUCUGGUGCUACCUCAACAGGAGCACAAAGUAGUGGUUGGAAUCAUGGAACAAAUUCUCAGGUGCAAGCCAGUUCCAAAGGUGGAAUGGCGGAUGCACAAGCUAAUGGUGAAGGAAGUACUUCCAGUCAAGCACAGAUUGGAUUUCAACCAUAUUUAAAAGAUGAAAGCAAAGUUGAAAAAUAUUCGCUUCCCUUCCGUGGUGGUGGUACGGCGUCUGCUCAAAGUGGAACUCAUAGGGGUCAAUCUCAAUCUCAAUUACAGGGAUCGUUUCAAUAUGGUAUCACUUAUUCUGGUGCUGCCCAAGCUGGGUCAGGAUCUGGCGCAGCAGCUUCUAGAAAACCAUUUAAUUUUAAUCUAACUAAUUCUGAAGUUUAUAGGCCAUAUAAACCAAGUAAUAUACCAUCGAUAUCCAGAAAUGACGACAAGGAAGUAACGACUGUACCAAACGAUGCUGAUUUUAAUCGUAUUCAGGCACAGAGGCAAGGUUUACAAGCAAGUUCAAGUUCUCGACAAACGGUUAUUAGUGGUGUAUCAAAAGAAAAAGUAGAAAUUUCAACGAAUAGAAAGGAACAACCCACAGACAAUAAACACGCAGCCGAGCCAGUUUAUGAGGAGGAAGAAUAUGAAGAUCAAUACGAAGAUGAAGAUUAUGAUUCAUCUGCCAGACAAAAUCUUCCAAUCAAUUUAGAAACCUUUCCAGCUAAUAUAAAACAAGAAGAUCAACAUCAAUCCCAAAUGAUACAAAUCGGUAAUGCUAAUCGGUACGAUGUUAGGGUAACACAGGACUCAAAUAUUCCAUCAAAAGAUGACAGAUUAGAACCGGGUCAAUCUUUACCAGGUUAUACAGUUCCACCUGGUUUUCGUGGAAGAGUAAUGUCAGUUGCAGGUGAUGAUACAAUUGCUAAAGGUGAUGGAAAAGCUCAAUCACAAACUGUUGCAUUGAUUCCAACAGCACAACCAAAUACUACAACCAUUGUAAACAAAUCACUUGGUCCAGAAACACGUUCACUUCACAACAAUUAUGCUAGAUUUACAGGAACUCCUAUUUCUAAGAGUAAUAUUGAUCGAACUCAUACUCGAUCAUCAUCUAAUGGUUUUCUUACACGUGAUUUGGAUAAAUCAAUUAGACCAAGUUAUUACACUGUAACAAACAGUGUUGCUGGUAAAAUAGAUGAUAACAAAAAUGCUCAGAAAAAAUAUGAACAUCGGUAUUAUACUAAAUCAUCCACAUGCGGAUAUUUUACAUUUUCUUGUAACGUUGUAUACGGUUCUAAUGGUAGAACCAAAAUUUGUAAACCUAAAGUACCAACAUAUCCCGAUGGUACACCAAUGAAGUGUUAAUUAAUCUCACACUGUGUAUAUUUAGAGAUUAGUUUAUAUAUUGUAUUAUUUUAUAUAUUAAUCAUUAGUUCAAUUUUUAUUGUCCAUUUAGUUUAUAUAUAUAUAUAUGUAUGUAUGUUAACCUCUUUUUCAUAUAUCGCUUUUUGCCAUAAAAAUACGCAUAAUU